AUGUCUGAGAGCUCAGGCAUCAUCUUCCACCUGGGGGCAGCGACGGGCACCACUGGAUGUCCACGGCCACUUCGUCGUCGUCGAGUGCACCCAGCACGACUGGGGCAUGAACGAGCCAACCCUCCUCGAGAUCCUGAACUUCUACAAGAAGAUGCCGGCAAGGUGCUAUACCAGGAGUCACUCAGGGAUGGAAGCGGCUCUGGCGAUGACAGCGACGGGUCAGAUGGCGGCGCGUCAAGCUGGGUGUACCUGAUGCGUACAAAACAAGGUCAUGACUACGGCGGUUACUUCGACCUUGACAACGAAGAGGGGUACGUCGAGUGCGACGCGCAAGGAAAGCCCAUCAGCAGGACUACAACGAAGGAUGUCUUCUACAGCCAGAGCCGGAAGGCAUGGUUUUACAUUGGCAGCCACCAUUUCCGCCAGCCCGUGACCAUCGAGAAGAGCCCCAAGAAUCGCACGUUCUUUAAGAACUCCCAGGGCAAGCCCCAGCUUUGCCAGUGCGUGGAUCCAAAGGCACUGGCAACUAUCAACCAACGAGUGCGUUCAAAGACCUUUUGGCUCAAGAAACAAGCGCCUCCGCCUUCUCCCAAGCAACCCGGCCGCCAAAAAGUAACUCGGUUCGAAGUGGCCGUUUAUUUCGAAUGGCUGAGGUCCGGAACACAGACAGACUACGCUCUUUACACGACUAUAUAG